CUAACUCACUCACUCACAAGAAGGAAGACAGCGCUGUAACAUACUCUACAACUAUCUACCUGUGAGCAGGAAAACAUCUCAUCAUGUGCGGAGGACUUGAAUCACUGCCCGUCGCCUGCCUGGAGAGGGCAAAGGAGCUGAAAGACUUGUUUGGAAGUUUACUACAGAAGACAGAUCACAGUAUCACUGGCAAGUCAAAGAAAAGCGACAAACUGAGGUUAACUGUCAAUGACCCUCAGAAAUGGAAGGAGUCAUUUGGGAAACUGUUGUCCAGCCAAAAUGGACUGUGCCUGUUCAGAGAGUUCCUGGCCUCUGAGUUCAGUGAGGAAAACAUUGCCUUCUACUUGGCUUGUGAAGACUACAGGGCAUCUAAGCCCUCAAAACUCUCCAGCAAGGCAAAACAAAUUUACGACGAGUUUGUUGCUUCUGAUGCACCCCGAGAGGUUAAUCUGGACCAUGCAACCAAAGCAGUCACCAAGGAGAACAUGGAACACCCCUGCCAGUCCUGCUUCAACCUGGCCCAAGCCAAAAUCUACACUCUGAUGGAGAAGGACUGCUACCCUCGCUUCCUCAAAUCCUCCGCCUACCUGGAGCUUAGCAGAAAGACCAAGACAGGCUAAUAGACUUUUUUUUCUUUUUUAACUGUCCUGCAAGUGCCAGAGGUGAUUUGCUCACUCCUCAAAGGGACAUAAGUAGAAAGACGGGAAAGGUUCAAAUGGAACAAAUACGUUAGUCCAGAAAGUUUGGUGCUGGGAUGUGGAGUUAUUCUGGAGACCAGAGGUUCCGCACAUGCAGGUUCAACUCCAAGCUGGAGGCUAAAGGCUGAAUGAGGCUGUGAGAAGAGACUGACACAGACUAAGAUGUGGGCGACGUCUGCCUCUGACAGACAAGCAUACUGCACAUGCAAGGCUGCAUGAACGGCGGUCACAGUGGCAUAAAUUAUAAGAUGCUGAGAAAGAGAAAUGAGUUACACAACAAAACUACCA